AAUUGCAUGCGAUAUACGUACAGCCAUACUAUUGGCAUUAUAUUGUCGACAGGCCGAGUAUGAUAGUUAUCAAAGUGAUAAACAAACAAAAGAUUAUUUAAAGAAAUCGUUGGUAUUGCCAAAAAAUUUACAAGGACUCGUCAACGAUGACAAUCUCUUAGACAGUCUAAUACUCGAGGUCUUACAACAACAUUCGGGCAUCCAACAUCUAACCACUACACAGGCUGAGGAAAUGUACAUACAAUGCUGUCAACAACUAGAGGGUUAUGGUGAAGAACGUUUCCAAGCUAAAGAUAAUCUAGGCAAUGAUAUAAAUCUAGGCUUAGCCAUUAAUGGUAUGGUCGUAACGGCCGAGAAUGGUCGUCAAUAUUUUCCCUGGAAAGAUUUUCAUACAGUGACCAUAGAAAAGCGAGCCAUACGUAUAGUACAAAAUAAAGCAGAUGGUUCACAAUUUUUGGGUUCUUUUAUAUUCUCAGAGACUGAUACAGCUAGAUAUUUUUGGAAAUUGUGUAUAACACAACAUAAAUUUUUUAAACGUUAUAUAGAUGAAGAUUCUGCCUCGAGUAUGGGUGAUGUGGAGAGUGCUAAUGGUAUUUCUAUAGGUGGGGCGGAAGCUAUGAAUGCUUCUGCUUUUAGUGGUUAUGAUUUAAGUGAUUCGAGAGAGGAUUUGCUAUUGGAACAUCAUGCUACGUAUGUGCCGGGAUCGGGUACAAUUGGCAGUUCACAUUAUCAGCCCAAUACACAACAACAGUCACAAGAAUUUCUUUCUUCGGCACAAUCUCUGCAUCAUCAGUCUUCUUCACAAUUGCCACCCCAUGGUCUUAUAUCUACGGCGAAUUCUUCAUCAGCCUUAAUGUCUUCCAAUAUUUCAUUGGCAGCUAGUCAUCAGUCGGGUAGUGGACGAGCAGAUAACAAUAAUGUGAAUGGCAGUGCUUUACAUAUGGCUCAUCAUAGUGGAGGUGGAGGAGGGGGACAAAUGGGUCAGAGUUGGUUGAGCAAGGAAUACUCUAAUGACUAUGUGUCAUCUUCACAACAUCUCUCCAAUAGUAUUUUAGAUACACGCCUCCAGAGCAGCUCCUGCCAGGAUUUAAGCAAUAAUAAUCUACACAGCAGUAACAGUUUUCUGGGUCACACUAAUAACAAUCAUAUUUUGGCAGCUGAUGCUCAUGAAAGAGAACGUCUUAAGGCCAUGUUGCCCACUUACCGGCCGGCACCAGAUUAUGAAACUGCUGUGCAACUGAAAUAUAGAACACCGCCCAAUGAAUUGUAUAACUUAAAUCAAUUGCAAUAUCAAGCAGCUGCUUUGGCAGCUCAUAAUUCAGCAGCUGCUUAUUAUGCCGGUUCACAGCCAGAUGUACAUCAAGCUGGAGAUGGUUUGUUAUUGGGUCAUAUGGCUACUCAUCGUUAUCCCGAUGUGGCACAACCUGCUCAGGCUAUGCAUGCUCAGUAUAAUCUAUCUGCGGCCACAGCAGCUGCUUCUGGCUUGGGUUCUACGGCUCAGAAUAAUGUUUAUGUUGAUUUGCCUCAACGCUUGCAAAUGAUUAGAACUAAACCGCCACCUCCGUAUCCGGUUAAUAGAUUAAGUUCUUCUUCUACACCCGAUUUAGCAGUAGCUUCUCAUCGUCCUCUUUUAGGCUAUAGGGCUUAUGUUUCUGGCUCUUCACCGGACUUGGUUUCAAACAGAAAUCUUUUAAAUUCUCAAUAUCCCUAUAGCGGUCAACCAGGUGGAUUAGGUAACCCAGGACAAAUCACCACUUCCUCAGGAGCCACCAUGUUACAUCAAUAUCCCUAUAUGGGUCAUAUGGGCCAUUCGCAAUCCUAUCUACCUCAUGGUACUUUUGAAAACCUCAAUAUGAUCGAGGAACAGCCCUCCAUAAUGUCUCGAUUACGGCAAUCGGUUUUAAGUCAAACAGCAGCAAAUCAUGCCGCCAAUAGCACACAAAGUUAUGAACAAAAUUCUCCCACAUUACCGCCUUCGGGUUAUCGCUCUUCGGCCAAUCUACAAGCAAGCCAAACGGGACUACAACGCAAUGCCAUGAAUGGUUCCAUAGAGCCCAUUUAUGAAAAUGUUCCACUGCCUCAAUAUACUUCAUCCACAUCGGUAACGCCUCAGCGUAACACAGAACAAAGAUCAUCGGGUUCAUCCACUCAUAAUACGGAAAUAAGAAAUCGUACUUCUUCCAUACAAUCGGCUCCAGGAGGUAUGCCUAAUCAACCCCCUGUGCCAGCAGCUAGACAUCAUCAUAUACAGCAUAGGGAUACGGCUGGACCUUCAAUACAACAGCUAGCUCAACAGCAAAUUCAUCAAUAUUUACAGGCUCAAGAUGAACCGGAUGAAAUUUCCAUGAAUAUCAAAAAAUUCAAUCAUCAAACACAACCAGAUAGAGCAGCUAGUAGCGAUUUGCAAUUGCUUGAACCUACGCCACCUCAGCGAACAGUAAGAGCCGCCUCAGCAGCACCAGCGAUAGGACAAACUUCAUCCACUAACGAGCAAACACCCGUAAAAAUGACGCCACCUCCACGGCAACAUAAAAAUAUGAAAAGUUCAUCUUCCGUUUCAGCUGUUGAUGUCAUACAACCCUCCUCCUCCACUUCGAUGUCACCUUCUGUAACCUCUACCAAUGCGGCCCUAAAUUCUACACGCAUUACCUCUUCCACAUCUCAUGAUGAAUCAUUAAGUCAUCAUUUUUCAGCCAUGAAUUUGUCUUCCACUUCAUCGUCCAUGUUCAACAGCACACUGGAUACAACAACACAAAGUUCGAGUACAGCGGGCAAUAAUACAACUUCCAAGGAGAAACGUAAAAAACGCUGGAACUUCUUGGGCAGAAGUAAAACACCAGACAAACAAAAAUCAGCCACAUUGGGACGAGAAAAGGCGGUAAAUACCACAAAACUGCAGAAAAUCAAACUGGCACAAGAUGAUCUAAAUCUGCACCAUAGAUGGUCUACAGGAGUGCCGAAAUUGCAGCCAAUAUCGGGACAAUAUUCCAAAGAUAAAUUAUGUCAAAUACUCACUGAUAAAUUAACCGAUUCUCAGUUGUUUAUGGAGUUUGAGGCCAUACCCAAGCGCCGUGAAAUGGCACGCUACGAUUGCGCUUUAAAAGAAGAAAAUGCUAUGAAAAAUUCUGAUCCAAAUUUUCUACCCUACGAUGAUAAUCGUGUACGUUUGACACCCACCAUGGAAAAUCGUCAUGGUUAUGUUAAUGCCUCUCAUAUAUCGGCAACUGUGGGUAACAAACAACGUUUCUAUAUUGUAGCACAAUCACCACAUGAGGAAUUAACCACACGUAUCUUUUGGCAAUGUGUCUGGGAGGCUGAUGUUUAUUUAAUUGUGCAGUUAUCGGAGGAUUUAAAUUAUAUACCGCCCAAUACAAAUCAACGUAUGGAGUUUGGUCAGUUCCAGGUUUAUCAGGAAUUUUCACAAACUACCGAUCGUUGCAUUACCAGCAAACUGCGUCUUUAUCACAUACAAUCAAGACGUUAUCGUUCUGUUUGGCAUCUAAACUACACCGAUUGGGCUGAACAAAAUUGUCCACGUGAUGUCAAUCACUUUUUAGACUUUUUGGAAGAGCUCAACUCAGUGCGUAUGGCAUCGAUAAAUGAAGUACCGCCUGGGCAUAAUACAAAUCCUCCGGUACUGUUACAUUGUCUAGAAGGUGGUGGUAGAUCGGGUGUAACACUAACAGCUGAUUUACUACUCUAUACCUUAGAUCAUAAUGAGGAUUUGGACAUACCGAGAGUUAUUGGUAAUUUACGUCAUCAAAGAGACAGCAUUAUACCUUCUUUGGCUCAAUAUAAAUUUAUUUAUAGUCUUUUAAUAACAUAUCUAAAAAGAACGAGAUUAAUUUAAUUUCUUUUUUUAUAACAAAAAUUACCUUCAUCGUUCCAUUUGAUUUUAUACAAUUCUCUUUGAGACACACACUCAUACUCGCCCACACAAGCAAUGUCCAUUUGACCAUUAUAGACGUAAUUUUAAUUUGUAAUCCUCAAUUUUAAUUAUUAAACAAGUAUUUUAUGUUUAAUUCCUCCCUACUCUUUAUUUCAAUAUUAAUCCUCGUUGCUAUUAUUUGGCAAUUAAAUUGCUUUAAUUUAGUUUAAUUUAUUCUUAAAAACAAAACAUUAAACGAACAAUUGUAUUUUCUACAUUUAUUUUUAUAUACAGGGUGCUUUAUUUUUCUUUUUUUUU